AGGUCACAUGGAGAGACCCGUCCCUGAAACACACACAGGUUACAUGGAGAGACCCGUCCCUGAAACACACACAGGUCACAUGGAGAGACCCGUCCCUGAAACACACACAGGUUACAUGGAGAGACCCGUCCCUGAAACACACACAGGUUACAUGGAGAGACCCGUCCCUGAAACACACACAGGUCACAUGGAGAGACCCGUCCCUGAAACACACACAGGUUACAUGGAGAGACCCGUCCCUGAAACACACACAGCUCACAUGGAGAGACCCGUCCCUGAAACACACACAGGUCACAUGGAGACCCGUCCCUGAAACACACACAGCUCACAUGGAGAGACCCGUCCCUGAAACACACACAGCUCACAUGGAGAGACCCGUCCCUGAAACACACACAGGUCACAUGGAGAGACCCGUCCCUGAAACACACACAGGUUACAUGGAGAGACCCGUCCCUGAAACACACACAGGUCACAUGGAGAGACCCGUCCCUGAAACACACACAGGUCACAUGGAGAGACCCGUCCCUGAAACACACACAGGUUACAUGGAGAGACCCGUCCCUGAAACACACACAGGUCACAUGGAGAGACCCGUCCCUGAAACACACACAGGUUACAUGGAGAGACCCGUCCCUGAAACACACACAGGUCACAUGGAGAGACCCGUCCCUGAAACACACACAGCUCACAUGGAGAGACCCGUCCCUGAAACACACACAGGUCACAUGGAGAGACCCGUCCCUGAAACACACACAGGUUACAUGGAGAGACCCGUCCCUGAAACACACACAGGUCACAUGGAGAGACCCGUCCCUGAAACACACACAGGUUACAUGGAGAGACCCGUCCCUGAAACACACACAGGUUACAUGGAGAGACCCGUCCCUGAAACACACACAGGUCACAUGGAGAGACCCGUCCCUGAAACACACACAGGUUACAUGGAGAGACCCGUCCCUGAAACACACACAGGUCACAUGGAGAGACCCGUCCCUGAAACACACACAGGUUACAUGGAGAGACCCGUCCCUGAAACACACACAGGUUACAUGGAGAGACCCGUCCCUGAAACACACACAGGUCACAUGGAGAGACCCGUCCCUGAAACACACACAGGUUACAUGGAGAGACCCGUCCCUGAAACACACACAGCUCACAUGGAGAGACCCGUCCCUGAAACACACACAGCUCACAUGGAGAGACCCGUCCCUGAAACACACACAGGUCACAUGGAGACCCGUCCCUGAAACACACACAGCUCACAUGGAGAGACCCGUCCCUGAAACACACACAGCUCACAUGGAGAGACCCGUCCCUGAAACACACACAGGUCACAUGGAGAGACCCGUCCCUGAAACACACACAGGUCACAUGGAGACCCGUCCCUGAAACACACACAGGUUACAUGGAGAGACCCGUCCCUGAAACACACACAGGUUACAUGGAGACCCCCGUCCCUGAAACACACACAGCUCACAUGGAGAGACCCGUCCCUGAAACACACACAGCUCACAUGGAGAGACCCGUCCCUGAAACACACACAGCUCACAUGGAGACCCGUCCCUGAAACACACACAGGUCACAUGGAGAGACCCGUCCCUGAAACACACACAGGUUACAUGGAGAGACCCGUCCCUGAAACACACACAGCUCACAUGGAGAGACCCGUCCC